AUGAUUGCAGCGACUCGUCGUUGGCUGCGACGGAAUCGGAAUACCUUGAUCGUUGGAGCGAGCGUAAUCGGCGCAGGAGUAUUAGCGGGACAGUAUGUCUUGGGCAAGACACAGGAGGCCCGCCAGCGCAUGAGCGACGAGAAGACGGCGAAAGAGAACCUCCGGAGACGAUUCGAGCAGAACCAAGAGGACUGCACGUAUACCGUGCUCGCGCUACUACCGACCAUUCGCGAGGAAAUUGUCAGCGCCCUCCCCGUCGAGCAGAUCACUGAGCAACUACAACAAGAACGACAAGAGCGUUUGAAGAGGCUAGGCCCAUCCGAAGCUGCUUCCUCACAAUAUCCUUCGGCACCGCCUAGUGCCACCGACGACGAUGGCCGAAGUCUUGCCAGUCUACAGAGCAGCAGCUAUGUGCAUGCCAGCCAGGUUGCCCACAGUACUCUCAACGUCGCCGAUUCUCCUCAACAGCCCAAACGCAGCAAGGCCAAGCUAUGGCAGGACAUGAAGAUAAACUCAAUUACGCGUGCAUUGACCCUGAUAUACACCCUGUCCCUGCUGACCCUCCUCACGCGCAUCCAACUCAAUCUACUAGGCCGAAGGACGUACCUGUCAUCUGUCGUGCAGCUUGCAUCGCCGCCGCCAGCCACACACUCAUCGACGAUAUCCCUCGAGAACAAGGACGAUGACAACUACGAUAAUGUCUACGGCAAUGACUUCGAGACGAAUCGAAAGUAUCUCACCUUCAGCUGGUGGCUAUUGCAUCGAGGAAGCAAGCGGAUCAUGGAGCGAGUGUCGGCGGCAGUGAAAGAGGUCUUCGGACAGGUCAACAUUCGAGAAGAUCUGAGCUUAGAGAGGCUGGCAGACCUGAUCAUGCAAGUGCGCAGGAAAGUGGAAGGUGCGACCGAGAGCGAGCGACGAUCGAUGCAAUGGCUCGGAUACCUGUUGCCGCCCAAGCGGGACGAAUCGUUCGUGAUCAGACAGUCUGGCAUGUCGGAAAGUGACGAAUCUCCCUCGCCCGAUGCGCAGGACUUUGACCCUAUGGACGAGGACUUGAUCAACGCAUCUCUUCGCCGACUUCUGGACGAGACUAGUGACCUUGUCGAGUCGCCGACGUUCACCUACGUUCUCACACGCCUGCUCGAUGCAGCUUUCUCCCACCUCGUCGACUACCGCAUCGCGACUGAGGCGUUCGAGGUCACUGGACCAGGAGCACCAGGCACUGAGGCAAGAAUCGUUGAAAUCACAGACAAGAAGUGCAAGCUGGCACACAUCCUGCCAGUUUUCUGCAGACAGGCACAUGUUAUCGCCGCUGGCAGUGGUGAACUCGACACUAUGGCCGGCCUCGCGGCUCAAGAGCCUCUGGGCAAUGAGUAUUUGUCAGCCAUUGACCAGGUCGGUGACCUUGGAGCAUUUGCGGCGGUCAUCUACUCGAGCAAUUUCGAGUACGAAGUGCCGGCUGGUCUGGACACCACAGCCGCCGCUGUAGCAGCCGGCAGACAAUCGUCCCCACGAAACUACAACAUGUCAACAUCCUCGAGCAGUCCGGACUCCGUAGCGCAAGAAGUUGGCGAAUCACCUCCGCAAGAUGCUGCUGAAAACAUGCUGGACGAGAGCCAAGUGCUUGUUCUCAGUCAUGCCGAAGAAGACACCACUGCAGCUCCCGCACCACAACCGCAGGAGAGUAUCGCUGUUGCACCGCAAGCCGAGACCACUGAUACUGCUGGCAACUUCGAGACUGCAUGGCAAAAGGCGACAUCGACAGCAGAUGAAGAUGAGAAGCCUCCUGAUGAUGAGGUCGUCAAGCUGACUUAA